AGGACAAAAAACAGAGGGAGGGAUAAGAUGAACGUCUGGAAGCCAUACUGGAGAGAGUGUAAAACUGAAGAUGGCUACCUGAGGACGAUUGAUGCCACUAAACCCAGCAUCAUGAGCAACAGAGGAAGUGAUGCCAUGCCACCCAGAUAAAGAAGAUCUGAAUGCCCUGGGGAUGGAUGAAGGGAUGGAGAAACAGAAGGAGGCAGAAAAAGAUAAAGAAAAUGAUGCUGCAGAUAGGGUUGGGAGACAAAGUGCAGAUGCACUGGUCAGCCACCAGAAGGCAGCAGACAAUCAUAAAUACCACACUGUGGGUUAUCAGAAAAAGAAGUCGAAGGUGCGUCUAGUUGCUACAUUGGGCAAGGGAUCUUCAAACAUAAAAUCUAGAGGAGCUCCAGUUCAGACGCUGUUCAAUCAGGGAUCAGCUGAAAAGACUCCCAUGCAUGAGGAGCAAGGCAGUGUUAGUGGAGGCCAGUCACAGGAGGAGGUGUUGAAAGAGAUUCUGCAGACAUUCUCCAUGCCUGAUGAGCUCAGUUGGUGGGGUAGAGAAAGAGACAACAUGGAUGUCAUGGAGAACAGCUGGACUGAUAUAGUGCACUCUCACAAGACAAUGCCAAAAACCCAGAGAUACCAGCAGGAGGCGCUGUGGGAACUCCUCUACACUGAGUUUAUUUACAUCAGCAAACUCACGAUCAUCACUGAUCUUGUUCUUGCUGCACUGGAGCAUGUUCACCAACAGGGAUUUCUCCAUGAGGUUACCUCUACCCAGCUCUUUUCUAACAUACCCUCCAUCCUUGAUGCUCAUAGGCACUUCUGGCAGGAAGUGAUGUACCCCAUGUUGCAGAAUGUCAGAUUGACUGGCCAACCUUUUGACCCUUUAAAGCUUGAGGCAGGAUUUUUGCAGUUUGCUGACCGUUUCUCUGCAUAUUUAAAUUAUUGUUGGGAGGAGGAGAGAAAUCUGGAGUUCACACGCAGACAACUGGAAAUAAACCCACACUUUAACAGUUUUCUUACAUGGGUGGAGACUCAUCCCCAAUGUGAGCGAAUGCGGCUGGGCGAUAUGCAGGCAAAGCCCCACCAGAGGAUCACAAAGUACCCCCUGCUGUUAAAGGCUAUCCUGAAGGCUACACAGGACCGAUAUACACAGCAAACACUCAACCGCAUGAUAAACAGUGUCAGUCAAUUUCUGGACAGCAUCAACGACUACUUGCUCUUUAAGGAUGACGAGGUGGCACUCUUUGCCCUGUCCCAAAAGAUAGAGGGAUAUGAAUUACAGGGGAUGAGUGAAGAAAUAAAAAAGUACAUGCAGGAGUUCUGUCACUUCGAUUUAACUAACCCUAUACGGGGCGUGGGAUCCAAGGUCAUACGCAAGCUGAUAAUGGGAGAAACCCUGAAGGUUAGAGGAAGGAAGGACAGUAAGCUGGAAGUGGUGGUGCUGCUGUUUACCGAUGUGCUACUGCUAACCAAAGCUCAGAAGAAAUCAGACAAACACAAGGUUGUGCGCCCCCCACUGUCCCUGGAGAGAAUACACUGUGCAGAACUCAAGGAUGGCUACUCUUUUGUCUUGGUGGAAGUGAGUGAUCUCGGCUGUCCUGUCAGUGUGUACAGUGUUUCUACUCCCAGCCUAGAGAGCUGUGCAUUGUGGAUCUCUACUAUCCACCAAGCCCAGGAAGCCUUGCAGUCUUUAAGAAAAAAGGAGAUAGUCAAAUCUGAGGAGCCCAGUGAUCAGAUUAUAGAGGAGCCAGAUCCAUUUCCUCCUGCUGAUAUACAGAACAUCAAGGACACAGAGGAACAAUCAGAGUAUAGAAGUUCUUUUGCUUCUCGCAGGUUUACAGAUAUACAGUUAGAGAGAGAAAAACAGAAUUUGCAUAAAUAUAAUGUACAUUUUUUGAGCAAACAAAUGCAAAACAGAAACAAAGAAUUUAGUAAUGACCACAGCACAACACAAGAAACUGAAAGGAGAGAGAAAGAUAAAAAUGGACAUGGUGAAGAUGGUCCGAUAAUUGAAAGACGGGUAACAUGGAAUCACAAACUGCAAUUGCAUAAAUAUUCCAAUGCUUUUCCACAACAAGACUCAUUAGAGACCAAAAAGUCCAAUGAUACACAUCAUUUGUUAGUCAGUGGGUUAAGGAAAAACCCUGCACUAAACCAGUUGUCAUCUGACCAGUAUUUACUACCAAGAGGAUUUGCACCUGUCGAGUCUGCAAUCAGUGUCAGAGAGCAACAGUCACAGAAACCAGAUCUGAGGCAGGAUUCUUGGUCCCACCAAUCAGGUGAGGAAAAUGAGUCUCUCUCAGAAUCAUGGACAUUUACAAGAGUGGUAAAGUCACCAAGGUUACGAAGGAAACGUCCCAUGAAUUCUCAGCCGUCUGCCCUACCCCAGGGCUCCAGGAGAAUGUCAGCUGAGAUAGAAUCAUCAACAUCAUUUCCCAACAGGAAUUCCAACUCAGUCUCAGAUUCUGAUGAGAACCAUAAUAUUCGCAGACCCUCCAAUACAUCCUCCAAAUUCCAGGAUCACCUGGUGCUUAAGUUGGCCUCUGUAAAGCAGAACCGAGGGGAGUUCUGGAAUGUUCUUACCGAGAGGUUUUCAGAGUCAGAGUCUGAACUGCCAAAAGAGAGACAUAAACAGAACUCUCAAAAAAUACCCAAAAUAAAACCCCAGAGGAGUGAAUCCUUGCCUGAGCUACAGUCCUCCCCUCUGCAAGGACUUCUAAAUAGGGCCAAGGAGAGAGACCGGGAGCGUGGAGUAUCAAAAAGAGAGGGGAGGCAAUUAGAAAAGACUUCUCUUCAAAGUUCCAACACUGUCUGCACAACUCCAUCACGCUCACCUAGUGAAGGAGAGAAAGCAGCAGCAGCAGAGCAGCGAAAUACGUUCAGAUCAAUAUGGUAUGACUCUUAUACGGGGAGGGAGACCAAUGUGGACAGCAGUGACAAUGACAGGAAAAACAGACCUGUCACUCCACUGGGUGUAAAUGUGGACUGGCCAGGCUGGUGCUUCGACGAUGAGAAUGUGCUGGAGUUCACUGAGCAAAACGAUGAAACAGGAGACUGCUUUGAACAGACUCUAACUACAUCAGCACUUCAGAAAACAACCAGGCAUAGUGAUACAGAUUGCAGCGAAGUGUAAAGCCACAUACUUUUUGUUCUUUUGUACAUGUGAUGAGAGAAACUGCUGUAAGCUGGAAUCUGUGAUCUGCACCACAGCAUGUUGUAAGGCGUAGCUGCUUCAAGGGCAGAAUGCAGUAAAGCCCACAGCAAAAGCCUCUGUAUAGACUUUGUUCUCUUGUCUGUAUUGUUACAUUACCGAUAGAAAGUUUGUAAACCCUAUUUCUGCAUAAAUUUGAUGUAAAAUGUGAUCAAAUUCCCAUCUAAGUCCUAAAGUUAGAUAAAGGGAACUUAAAUAAUUAAAUAACAUUAGAUGCAAAAACAUUAUAGCUUUUACAUUUAUGUAUUGAGCAAAAUUAUCCACCAUUAAAUAUAUUUGUCAGAAAAAGGAAUAGAAUAGAAUAGAAACACUUUUAUUGCCAGGUGUGUGGACACACACGAGGAAUUUGACUCCGGUUCACUUAGCUCUCAUAGUACAAAAACAAAUAAAAAAGCGUAAACACAAAACAAGCAAACAACAACAACAACAACAACAAAAAUAGGUGCAUAGUGCAAAGUAAUCCAGGUAAGUCAAGUAUGGAAUAGUUAAAUAAAUAUAAAGUAUACAGUGUGCACAGAAUGACGGUAUAAGUGUUCAGAUAUUUUACAAGUGAUGUUACUGAUAUAUGAAUCUGGAUUUUAGCUGUUCAUCACAGAAAGGAUUUCCCUUUUGGUGCAAUAUGGUGCAUAGUGCAAAGAUGAAUAGUACAUUUAAGUAAGUAAAAAAAAUAUAUAUAUACAUAUACACAUAUACAUACAUACACACACACACACACACACAUAUAUAUAUAUAUAUAUA